UCGGGAGAGCUGGUUUUGCACCAUGAGGUCAUAACAGCGCGAACUGAAACAUAUGUGCCAAGCAAGGGACACAUGGGGACGAGCGCUAGCUUUCAACUAUUCGAUUUUUUUUAUUGGACGGAUUUCCAUUCAAAGAGGAAAAUAAAGGUCGUGGCGUGACAGAAAAACAAAAAAACAAGGAAAAGCCGUCAAUUGGGAAAACAAAACUAUACAGAAACCAAAGCACGAAAUCGUCAAGGUACGCAUGCCAGUGCUUUCUAAAAAGUAAUUAUUGUUUUUCUGACAAUGCAACAGAAGACCUACUAACACAGUUAUCAUCCCGCGCCAUGCACGCAGCCUCAGCGCUAGUGCGAGUUCAUCCGUCCUGAUACCUAGUCACCACGCGGGGUAUCUGAACUCCACUUUUUACCCACAGUCAAAAAUUAAAUAAAUAAAUAAGCCGGUAGUUAGAAGUUAGCGCUUGUCCCUAUGUGUCUCUUUCUUUGAGUAUAUGUUUUAGUUCGCGCUGCUAUGACCUUAUUCUGCGCUCGGAUUCGCACCCUAUUUCUAUGGGUCCACUUCUUUUGCUGAGGGUGUGUGGGGACUAGGGUAAAGAAAUGGCGCCCCUACUGGUGACGCCGAGACUGCCCUGCGCCGCCGCUGGAGCGCGCUGCGCUCCCUUUAGAGGCGGACACGUCCCGCUGUGGUGAAAUGUGCUGAAAAGCCAUCGGUCUCGCUGCCCUCUCUAUGCCCAUGUUGAUCCGCACUUGUCGAGCGGGGGCGGAGAGGGGGAGGGGGGCAUAGCUGAGCUAGCGUGAAGUUUUCGCAACAUAUUGCACGCCUGUAGGCUUUAAAGCUUCUGAUGAACCUUUAUUUUAGCUUGAUAAUUUAUCCCUACCACGUAUGGCUUAAUGAGCUCUCUGAAACGUGAUCUUUCCUGCUCCAAUAGACAAAUGUACUGCCGAAGUCCUGUCUAAACGCCAAGCGCCAGGCUAAAUUUAGCUUCCAUCGCGUCAUGCGUGUUGUGUCAAUGGCGCUAUCUACGCACGCGACACAUAUAUUCUCGACUAAUAGCUUCUUUCCUGUACACCCUAAAGACUAUGGAAAGUAUCGCAGGAGGAAAGGGGCUGAUUUACACCUCAAAGCAUUGUUCUAUUCUCGCAAAUGUCGAGUGCACUGAAAUGCAUUACUCACUCCAUCAGCAAGAAGAUAGCGAAAUGCUAUUUUCAAUCUGCCCUUCUGAGAGGAAGUAGAAUGCCCGUUCAACUCUCCCGGCAAUAGAGAACAAAACGCAGCGUAAGCUCCUGCUUCAACUGUAGGAAACUGACCCUAAACAUGGCGAUGUAUCACUCACGCACGCUCACCAAAGAGCACACCGUUUUGCUUCGAAGAGAACAGGCAGCCACAGCGCAAAGGUUAGUGGAGCUCGCGCUCUACUUUUUUACUCGGAGUUGCCCCACCGCGCGCGCGCACAACUACGAGGAGCAGUACAGCAUCGGAGCAAGACAAUCCUUCCAGCGGGUCCAGCCAUUGUUCCAGCGUGCAGGAACCAAGGCCAUCCAAGGAGAUCGUGUCAUCCAUCUUGCGCCGCCACGAGAACAGGACAGUCGUUCUUCAUUCGUUGGAUAUAACAAUAAAUUUUUCACGGCACCCCCUUUAUAUGACGCAAGAAGGCAGCUGCAAAGACACAAGGAUGUCAAGGAACCAGUCCAGCACGACUCCACAUGGUGCAAAGAAGCGCACUCCAAAGCAUCAAAUUGCAUUGCCAUGCAAUUUGGACGAGAAAACUAGAAUAUAUUUAUCAACAACGACUUUGUCGAUUCUGUGGCGGGAAAAACGUUUCCGACUAUCAACCCUUCGACUGGAGCCAAAAUUGCGGAUAUACAGGAAGGAGAGAAGGAAGACGUUGACAAAGCGGUCAAGGCUGCUCGAGCGGCGUUUGCACGAGGCUCCGAAUGGAGGACGAUGGACGCCUCGAAAAGGGGCAGACUCAUUUUCAGACUGGCGGACCUGAUGGAAGAAAACUUGGAUUACAUCGCGAGCCUGGAAACGCUCGACAACGGCAAACCUUUCACGAGCGCAGUCGGGGAUACAAUAGCGGCCAUAGCUACCAUCCGCUACUUCGCCGGCUUUGCAGAUAAAGUGCACGGAAAAACGAUACCCAUGGACGGAAACACGUUUGCCUACACACGCCGUGAGCCUGUCGGCGUCAUCGGUCAAAUUAUACCUUGGAACGUGCCCCUCUUAAUGCUGUCGUGGAAGCUGGGCCCUGCAUUAGCCAUGGGCAACACCGUGGUAGUGAAGCCUGCGGAGCAGACUCCGCUCACAGCGCUGCUGGUGGCCAGCUACGUGGCCGAGGCCGGCUUUCCACCGGGCGUAGUCAACGUGGUUCCAGGCUACGGAGAGACAGCGGGCGCCGCCAUUUCCAGUCACCCGGAUAUCGACAAGGUGGCCUUCACCGGAUCCACGGAGGUCGGCCGACUGGUCUUGCAGGCUUCUGGUCAGUCCAACCUCAAGAAGGUUUCGCUCGAGUUGGGUGGAAAAAGCCCCCUUAUCAUCUUCCCUGACGCAGAUUUGGACCUGGCCGCUAACCUGGCGCACGAGGCCGUGUUCUGGAACCAGGGCGAGAUCUGCUGCGCCGCGACGCGGGCCUACGUGCACACCGAUGUGUACGACCAGUUUGUGGCCAAGGCCGUGGAGCUCGCCAAGAAGAGGGUGGUCGGGGACCCAUUCGACGAACGGUGCACACAGGGUGCUCAGAUCGACGAAACCCAACUGGAUCGUAUCCUUGGCUAUAUCGAGAUAGGACAAAACGAGGGUGCCAAGCUACGCUGUGGUGGUCGCCGGCUCGGCACGCGCGGGUUCUUUGUUCAGCCAACCGUUUUCGCAGACGUUGAGGAUGACAUGACCAUCGCCAGGGAAGAAAUAUUCGGACCUGUCCAGAGUAUUUUCAAGUUCAGCACCAUCGACGAGGUCAUCGGGAGAGCGAAUGCCACAAACUAUGGACUGGCGGCAGGAGUCGUCACAAAAGACCUCAACACGGCCACCAUUGUUGCGCAUGCACUCGAAGCGGGCAUUGUCUGGAUCAACACCUACUUUGAAAUGGGACCACACACUCCCUUUGGCGGCUACAAGAUGUCUGGAAUCGGUCGUGAAAUGGGCGAAGAUGGCAUCAUGGAAUACACCGAAGUCAAAUCGGUUGUAACAAGAAUCCCCGUGAAGAAUUCCUAAGAAAACGUUCUGGCCAUACACAGCCGCACAGCGCAAAGCUGCAACUAUGGGAAACUUUUGCAUGAAAACAAUGCAUUUGACGAUAAAACCAUCACAGUGUUGCACAUUUGCUACGCAUAACUUGGACACUGGUUGAGUGCCUGGGGGCGCAGUGACGCACUUCCUCGCUUCUAGAUAAAAUAUUACGAAGAUCUCACGCAGUGUCGGAAUCUAUGUCAAUGUGGAGCAUUCAGUCGCACAAGACAUGUUAAUAAAAGGUUUAGAGGUUUC